CCCUUUUGUGCAGCUCCCCACGUGUCGAAUAAAUUAGCAAACCCAAAUUGGAGGAAAAGGAGGAGGAGAGGGAGACGAGAGGAGAGAGGGAGGGAUUUGAGCCUGGUGUCGGUGUACGGUUUCAUUCGGAGGUGCCACUACUGCGGUGUCCUCUGAGCGCGCGAGCUCUGUUCUAUUGGAUGCUGAGAGAGCAAGAGAGAUACCGUUAGAGAUAAAAAUAAAUAAAGCCCUUAAAUAUAAUUCAAAUUCAAUUGAAUUGAGAGAAAGAGCAAAGAGAGAGAGAAGAGCCGACUGUGGGGUACAGAAGCGUUGUUCUCACCACUAAGCUAACAGCUGAGACUGAACCGAAGAGAGGAGGGGAACCAUAUUCUGAUUGAGAAAACCAGCUCACCUCACCUGCCACUGGAGAAGAAGAACGGAAUGCUAUCGCUUUCUGGGGGUGUAACCUAAUCCGCAGCGCUAAAGGGAUAUCGCCUAAUCACUGAAAACGGAACUAUUUCGUUUCUUUCUCCAUGGUGGAUAUUAUGUAGAGCGGAGAAAGCAGAGAGCAGCAGUCUUGGGCUUAUUUUUUAUUUGUUUCUGUGGAUUGUGUGUCUGUGUGUUUGGGUCGUCAGGGGAAUAGGCGAGCAGUGUGCUGCAUACUGAUCUGGUUUUGGAUAAAGGAAUACCGGGAUAUAACGGGACCGGAGCGCACGGCCAGAACAGCGAAACUUCAGCGGGUUCAGAUGCAUGUGUAGGAGUCCCCAGCCAUGACAAUAACGUGUGAAGGUGGGCCCAGGGCCAGCAGUCUGUGUGUGUGUUCAGGCCUAUGGAGGCCACGGUCUCUCCUCCUGCUCUACACGGUCCUGGAGCUGGUUAUGGUCCACUCCACCCCGGUCCUAGGAGCUCUGGAGCUCCAGCUGGAUGAGGAGCAGCCGGCAGGGACCAUCGUAGGGGACAUCAGUGCUGGGCUACCCCCCGGCAUCACCGCCUCGCUGUACUUCAUCUCCGACCACGAAGGGACAGGUGUGGGCAGCGACCUCAACAUCGACGAGACCUCCGGGAUCAUCACCACGGCACGUCGCCUCGACCGCGAGCAGAGGGACCACUACAGCUUCAUCGCCGUCACCAUGACCGGGGUCACAGUCGAGGUGUCCGUCACGGUCAACGACAUCAACGACCACGCGCCCGCGUUCCUCAAGCCAAAGGCAUUGCUGAAGAUCCCGGAGCAAACGGCGGUGGGAACACGGGUUUCCCUGGAGCCGGCGUCAGACGCGGACCGCGAUCAGCUGACCACCCAAGGAUAUGUGAUUAAGGAAGGCAAUGUGGGGCAAGCCUUCAGGCUGGAGACCAAAAGAGCUGCUAGCAAGGUGUUGUACCUGGACCUGGUGGUGAACGGUGUUCUGGACAGGGAGAAGAGGUCCUCGUACAGCCUGGUUCUGGAGGCCUUCGACGGGGGGAGUCCCAGACGCACCGGCCUGAUGACCCUGGAGGUGUUUGUCACCGACAUCAAUGACCACGCCCCCGUCUUCAACCAGAGCAGAUACCACGCUAUCAUCUCAGAGAGUUUACCACAGGGAAGCAACAUACUGCAGGUGUUUGCGUCCGACGCUGACGAGGGAGACAACGGUCUGGUCCUGUACGAGAUCAACCGUCGCCAGAGCGACCCUGACCGCUACUUCGUCAUGGAUACGAGGUCGGGGGUCAUCACUCUGAACCGACCGCUGGACUACGAGCUGAAGAGAGUCCACGAGCUGGUGGUACAGGCCAGAGACAACGCCAGCCACCCUGAGGUGACCAAUGCCUUCGUCACCAUCCACGUCCGAGACUACAACGACAACCAACCCACCAUGACCAUUAUCUUCCUCAGCGAAGACGGCUCGCCGCGCAUCUCAGAGGGCGCCCAGCCCGGCCAGUACGUCGCACGCAUCUCGGUCACCGACCCAGACUAUGGAGAAUACGCCAAUGUUAACGUUUCGCUAGAGGGAGGGGACGGGAAGUUCGCCCUGACCACCAAGGACAGUAUUAUCUAUCUGAUCUGUGUGGACCAGGUGUUGGACCGCGAGGAGAGGGACACGUACGAGCUGAGAGUCAUGGCAACAGACGCAGGCACGCCUCCUCUCAGGGCUGAGUCGUCCUUUACUAUCCAGGUCACUGACGUGAAUGAUAAUCCGCCACUCUUCGACCAGCAGGCUUACAAACAGACCAUCCCAGAGGUCGUCUACCCAGGAUCCUUUGUGCUCCAGGUGACGGCCCGGGACAAGGACCAGGGGCCCAAUGGGGACAUCCGAUACAGCCUCCUCAAAGACAAAAAGAGCCACUCCGAUUGGUUCUCCAUCGACCCAGUGACGGGGAUCAUCACCACGGCGAUGGCACUGGAUUAUGAGUCGGAGCCAGCGCCCAGCGUGACGGUGGUUGCCACGGACAACGGGCGGCCUCCAAUGUCGUCGACGGCGAGGGUUGCCGUGGUGCUGCAGGAUGUAAACGAUAACGAGCCGGUGUUCUCUAGUAACUUCUACAACGUCACCAUCAAGGAGAAUACGGCAGUCGGGACCUGCUUCUUAGAGGUAGGAACCUGUCUGUCUGUCUGUCUAUCUCUCACACUGUGUGUGUGUGUGUGUGUGUGUGUGUGUGUGUGUGUGUGUGUGUGCGUGCGUGCUAAGGUGUGGAGAAUCAGAGCAGGUGGUCAGUCCAGUUCAGGUGUUCAGCAGUCUGAUGGGUUGUAGUUAUAUCAACAGGCUCGGAGACAGUUUCUAUCAUACCUCAAGUGUUCAGCAGUCUGAGUCUGAUGGGUUGUAGAUAGAAACUGUCUCUGAACCUGUUGGUAUCAGACCUCAUGCUCUGAUACAGUCUGUCCGACAGUAAGGGAGAGAACAGCUUGUAACGUUCCCGGUGAUUUACUAGGCCGUCUUCAACACCCGCUGCAGGGCCUUGUGAUCGUUGACGGAGCAAUUCCUGUACCAGGCCUUGAUGCAACAGGUCAGGACGCUCUCGACGGUGCAUCGGUAGUAUUUGGAAAGGACUCGGGGCUUCAUGCCGAAAUUCUUCAGAUGCCUUAGGAAGUAGAGACGCUGUUACGCCCUCUUGACAAGAGUGGGUGGGGGUGUUGGUCGAUGACAAGUCCUCUGUGAUGUGGACGCCAAGAAAUGUAAAAGUUGUGACUUCCUCUACUGCAGUCUCGUUAAUGUAGAACGAGGCAUGUUCCUGUCUCUGCUUCCUGGAAGUCAACAAUCAUCGUCUUUAUUAACAUUGAGGGAGAGGUCGUUGUCCAGGCACCACAAUGCCAGUUCACUUACCUCCUCCCUACAGGCUGACUCGUCGUUGUCGGUUAUCCGGCCUACAACUGUGGUGUCGUCAUGGAGACUAGACGAUGGAGUUGGUGUGGUGCUAAGCAACACAGUUGUGGGUGAACAGGGAGUACAGCAGAGGGCUGAGGACACACCCUUGAGGCACCCCUGUUUUAAGAGUCAGGCACUAAGGUGCCAUUUGAGAAGCAGCCAACAAGAUCUCACAGUGUCCCUUCGUAAUUCGACGUGUUGUGGAUGAACGUCUAUUUGUGACGCAUUAAUUCCAUGUAGUUACCGGGUUUAUUCUGAGUGGUUACCGGGUUUAUUCUGAGUGGUUACCGGGUUUAUUCUGAGUGGUUACCGGGUUUAUUCUGAGUGGUUACCGGGUUUAUUCUGAGUGGUUACUGGGUUUAUUCUGAGUGGUUACUGGGUUUAUUCUGAGUGGUUACAGGGUUUAUUCUGAGUGGUUACAGGGUUUAUUCUGAGUGGUUACAGGGUUUAUUCUGAGUGGUUACCGGGUUUAUUCUGAGUAGUUACAGGGUUUAUUCUGAGUGGUUACCGGGUUUAUUCUGAGUGGUUACAGGGUUUAUUCUGAGUAGUUACAGGGUUAAUUCUGAGUGGUUACCGGGUUUAUUCUGAGUAGUUACAGGGUUUAUUCCACAUGGUUACAGGGUUAAUUCCACAUGGUUACAGGGUUAAUUCCACGUGGUUACAGAGUUAAUUCUGCAUGGUUACAAGGUUAAUUCCACGUGGUUACAAAGUUAAUUCUGCAUGGUUACAGGGUUAAUUCCACAUGGUUAUAGGGUUAAUUCUGAGUAGCGCCACGUUACAUUGCCACGUUACAGGGACAUGAGUGCAGAGGAAGGCAUAUAUAUCCAUAUAUAUCUAUAUAUCGACGUUCUCAGAACCUUUUCAAACAUCCAAAAUCAAAAGCCAGUUUCUAGUGAUCAGGCUGAUUUUAUCACGCUAGCUAGCAAGCACUCUGAAUUGAUGACAUAUCUUCACGUGAUUCAUAAAGAGAAGUGGACUAGGCGAAACACGGGACAGACCUGGAAUGUGUUCUUAUUGGGAAGAAAUAGGGAUUUAUAAGGGUUUAUAAAAGAGAGGGACGGGGGGAGGGAGCCAGACAGAGACAGAAAGAGAGAUGGAAAGAGAGUGGGAGACAGAGUGAGAGAAAGAGGGAAAGAGAGAGUUCACCUGCAUUCCUUAAGCUGUAGUCAGCCAGUCAGUGAAGAGAUAUACUCUGUGCUACUGUAACCAUGCCCUUUCCUUCACCUCCCCUCAGAGGGUUGCUAUGACAACGGAGACAGCAGCGCUGCUAUCUCACAGUAGCUUGACUGUGUUGCUUUCACCCCCCUUAUAAUUGUAGUGCGCUCUGUAGGGAAUAGGGUGCCCUUUGGGACACAGACCAAACAUCGGUUACUCCAACUAUUUUCACAGGUUGUUUUUGCCUUUCUGCUGAAGGAGGGAGAAGAGAGGAGAAAGAGAGGAGAGGAGAAGAGAGGAGAAAGAGAGGAGAGGAGAAGAGAGGAGAAAGAGAGGAGAGGAGAAAGAGAGGAGAGGAGAGGAGAAAGAGAGGAGAGGAGAAAGAGAGGAGAGGAGAAAGAGAGGAGAGGAGAAAGAGAGGAGAGGAGAAAGAUAGGAGAGUAGAGGAAAGAGAGGAGAGUAGAGGAGAGUAGAGGAGAGGAUAGGAGAAAGGGAGGAAAGGAGAAAAGGAGAAAAGGAGGAAAGGAGAAAAGGAGAAAAGGAGGAGAGGAGGAGAGGAGAGGCAAAGCUGUGAAGUUACCGCCCGGCCGCUCCAGCCCAAAGCUGUGAAGUUACCGCCCGGCCGCUCCAGCCCAAAGCUGUGAAGUUACCGCCCGGCCGCUCCAGCCCAAAGCUGUGAAGUUACCGCCUGGCCGCUCCAGCCCAAGACACUCUGAAUAGCUUCCAGCACAACUGGGUUUAGAUAAAUAGUGGAAUUCCACAUUGUUGUUGCAGGUUCAUUUACCUGUUAUUUGGACAGGAGAGGAGAGAGGAGAGAGGAGAAGAGAGGAGGAGAGGGAGGGAGGAGAGAAGAGAGGAGAGGAGAGACGGAGGCAAGAAGAGAG